CGACCCGCCAGGCCGCCCUGGGCCCUAAGCAGCUUCCUUUUCACGCGAUCUCACAUGUCACGCCCAUAACCAACGGUGGAUCUCCGACUUUCGAUGUGGCCAUCGUCACGGUUCUGCGCCACUGCUCCGUCUCCAUUUCGCAUAUCUUUCUCUUUCUUGCUUUAGGUUGAUUCCCCCAUUAAGAAUAAGGUCGGCGCAUCGAUUUAGCUUCACGGACGGCAACGUAGGAGGAGGAGGAGGAGGAGAAGAAGAAGCAGCUUCGAGUCUAGGGCAAGGAGAUCGUCCAUGACUCUCGGAGGAUCUGGUGGAUCCAGCGUCGUCGUUCCACGGAACUUCAGAUUGCUAGAAGAACUUGAAAGAGGUGAGAAAGGAAUUGGCGAUGGCACGGUGAGCUAUGGGAUGGAUGAUGGAGAUGACAUUUACAUGCGCUCAUGGACAGGCACCAUAAUUGGUCCACUUAAUUGUGUUCAUGAGGGCCGCAUCUAUCAGUUGAAGCUAUUCUGUGACAAGGAUUACCCUGAGAAACCACCCAGCGUUCGCUUCCAUUCACGGAUAAAUAUCUCUUGUGUCAAUUCAGAGACUGGAGUGGUGGAACCAAAGAAGUUUGGUAUGCUGGCUCAUUGGCAAAGGGAUAAUACCAUGGAGGACAUAUUGACUCAGUUGAAAAAGGAAAUGCUUGCUCCUCAGAAUCGGAAGCUUGUCCAGCCCCCAGAAGGCACCUUCUUCUAGAUUUUAUGGUAGCUAAGUGCUGCAUAAUUCCUUGAAAGGUUGUAUUUGUGGCAGAACGAAGCUGAGAAAAAAUUAAAUAUUUUCUUAUUGAUUCAAGCUUAUAUAUAUAUAUAUAUAUAUAUAUAUAUAUAUUAAAAAACAUUAAAAAAUA